UGUUAAGUUGUAUAAAUACUUUUUUAGGUACCAAAAAUAUAAAUAAAUAUACGUUAACAAGAAACUACCUGAUGUGUAAUGGGAAAUUUACUUCGGUUACUAACUGGACCCAGUGAACCUGAUUCGAAAGAUAUAUUUUUAGACUUUGAAAAUGCAAAACCCACUCCUGAAGAGCAAGAAGUAUGGGAAGUAGUUAAUACAGUGCUGGAAAAUUCUUCAAAAGUGUUAACAGAUUUAGAGAAUUAUCAAGGUGCUAGUGAAGAGAUACGUGUGGCCAUCGGCAAUCCUCGGAGCGAUGAGUUGCAAGAAGUUGCAUGGAAUGCUGUCUUACCUUUGGUUGCUAAACUAAAAUCAUUUUACGAAUUUUCAAUAGAACUAGAAUCGGUCGUUCCACAGCUUCUGUACGCUCUCUGUGUUGGUGGCAAUGGAGCAGAAACUCAACUAGCAAAUAAACAGGCUCUUGCAAAACAGUUUGCGGAAAUAUUGCACUUUACACUGAAAUUUGAUGAUUUAAAGAUGACGAAUCCAAACAUCCAAAAUGAUUUUAGCUACUAUAGAAGAACUCUGAGUAGAAAGAGGAUGGCCAGUGAAAAUGAGGGGGAAAACGAUCAAGCCCAAGUAACGACUGAAAUGGCCAAUAGGAUGUCUUUAUUUUAUGCUUAUCCUACUCCUUUAUUGAAAUCUUUGAGUGAUGCUACAUCAAAAUUUGUGUCGGAGAACAAAAGUUUACCAAUUGAAAAUACUACGAAUAUGUUGAGUACACUUUGCACAUUAUGCCGUGUUAUGGUUGAAAAUAAGGAAAUAUAUAACAAAUUUGAAAACGACGAAACAAAAUUAUUUGUUUUAAGUGUCAUGGUUGGUGUGAUCAUAUUAUACGACCAUGUACAUCCUGUUGGAGCAUUCUCCAAAACAUCCAUUGAUAUGAGAGCUGUAAUAAAAGUUUUGAAAGAUCAGCCUCAUGGAACAGUAGAUGGACUUUUUAACGCUCUCAGGUAUACCACAAAACACUUAAAUGACGAAACCACGCCCAAAAAUAUUCGUAUGUUACUGGCAUAAUUACUGCGAACUUGUAUAUUUAACAGAAUGAAGCACUAAUUGAAAGGACGUUCCAACGUUAGCAAAAGAGAUAAUGAUGAUUCAGCCAAAAACACAUACAGAAAAACCUAAACGUCGUAUUCGAAAAUUAACAUGUGAAUUUUUUUGAAAGAAUUAUUUCAUAUUUUUAGUCCGUUUGUUUUAAUACUUUUUUUGUUUUUUUGUUGUUUUGUUUUUUUUAAUCAAGGAGUAAGCUCUUUGUAGAAUUCGAUAUAAUAAAUUAUAGAAAUUAUA